GACGAACUAGACAAGAGGAUCGUCUUUAAAAUAAUAUAAGAUAAAAUGGUAUAAAUAGGCUUUCGUCUUUGAAAUAGCACAUUCAGGGAGUUAAACCCCGUGUGUAACAACGAAAAUGCGCGGAUUCUUCGUUGUUUGUUUGUGCUUGGGCGUGGCCCUCGCCGCUGAGUUCCCUGGAAAGUUCCAGUUCAACUCAAAUGCCCGCCGUUUUAACAGCGGCGUGAGCGCCUCGGCGUCGGCCAGUUACAACGCUGGUGCCUACAAUGACAAUUCCGGGCGCUACCGUGGCGACGUCAACUCUGGACGCUACGUCGAUAAUUCUGGACGCUACAACCCCGCGGCCGACAACUCGGGCCGUUACAUACCCGAUGAUCUCGGCAAAUACAACGGCGACCGAGGAGACCGCGGUGGCGCCGGAGGUUUCUACAGCGGCUCCAGCGACCGCGGCGGUCCCGGGGGCUUCUACAAGGGCUCGAGCGACCGUGGCGACCGCGGCGGUCCCGGUGGCCAAUACACAGGCGACAACAACAAGGGCUUCGGUGCUGGUGGUGCCGGUGGUGCUGGAAACGCCGGUGGCGCCAACAGCGCUAGCGCCUCAGCGUCUGCUGGCGUCGGCGGUUCCGCCAAGGCCUCCGCGUCCAGCGGCGUCGGCGCUGGCCGGUUCGGCUCCGGUGUCGGCGUGAGCGGCAAGACUGGCUCCACCUUCGGUUCCGGUGUUGGUGUAAGCGGCGUUGGUGUUUACAGCAGCGGCAACGCCGGCAACUACGAUUACAAAUACGGCAUCAUCCGUCAAGAAGGAGAGGUCGAACCCGAUGGCUACCACUACCUGUACGAGACCGAGAACAAGAUCCUUGCCGAAGAAGCCGGUAAACUUGAGAAGGUCGACAGCGAAAACGAUGCUAUAAGAGUCAAGGGAUUCUAUGAGUUCGUCGCCCCCGAUGGCAUCACCUACAGAGUCGACUACACCGCUGAUGAGAACGGCUUCCAUCCCUCUGGCGCCCACAUUCCCAAGUAAAGAGUCAAAAUAUUUAUUCGAAGAAACGUACGUGACAAAUAUUAUGUCAGACAAGGCUCAAACUGUGUUCAUUAAAUUAUACUAGGCAUUGAUUGUACAAUGGCUUGUUAUAAUAAA